GUUCGCCACAAUGUUUGACUCAAAGAUUAAGGUGCCCAAGUACGACUCGGAUGCAUUCGACAAUGUUGCGUACGAGCUGCAGAUGACCUACACCCUGGAGACGGAUCGCCGGAUCAUGAGCUUCUACGACGCCAUGUGGGGCAUGGAGGUCACUGGCGGCAUUGACCAGUUCGAGCCGCUGACCAUUGUGAAUGUGUCACCCACUGGUCUGGCAAAGAGAGGAGGAAUGCGGGUGGGCGACGAGAUCACCCAGAUCAAUGAUGUGCCGGCCCUGGAGAUGACCUUCAAUGAGGCCCUUCAAAUGUUCCGAAAGAAUUCGCGAUACGUUCGCGUCUAUGUUAGAGGCGAUGACGAUGCGCCCGGUGAGGAGGACUGGACCUGCGAUUGCUGGUUUAAGCCCAGGAAGCCGUGGCGCCGUGACUUCACACCCAUUCAGUGGACGUUCCCCUGGAACGAUCGUCGCAAGCCUGUCUACAAGGAGUCGAACUGCUUCAUGGUGCCAAGCAAAAUGGAGGAGAAGAUUCGGGCGAGACGUGCAGCUACCUCAGCUGUGCACAAGAAGGAUGAACUGGCUCCACACACCCGCUCCCUGACGCCCACUCCCAGGCCGAAGAAUCAACCAGGCCCUAAUCUACUCGAGACAGUGCUCAGACCCCGUGGACCUCCGCCAAGGGAUUAAGAAAGCGAUCUAAUCCGAAAGAUGAUGCUGA